AUCUUGUUACGACCGCACUUUGAUUUUCGUGACAACAACACAUCUUACGUUUUCGCAGUCUGCUUUUCAAACUGCUUUACACUGUCCCAAUACCCUCGGGUUGACCCCACGGCCACCCCGCACACACCAUUUCAAGCAUCACCCUCCUCCACUUUAUCAUGGUUGCCUAUUUCCCCUCACUUUCCGACGGCCUUCGGGCCUGGGCCCAAGCCCAGCCCGUGUUCUUCAUUGCCUCAGCUCCCAGGCAUGGCAAGCACAUCAACGUGUCUCCCAAAGGUUACACCGAUGGCACAUUCAAAAUCCUCGGGCCAAACCUCUGUGCCUAUGUUGACCGCACGGGUUCUGGGAAUGAGUCCAUCUCGCACAUCUACGAGAAUGGCCGCGCAACCUUGAUGUUCUGUUCCUUUGGCUCUCAGCCUCGGAUCAUGCGACUGUUCUGUCGAGGUCGCGUGAUUGAGUGGGAUAGCCCCGAGUUCGGAUCGUUUCUGUCAGACACGAUGAAGCUUGACAAAGUUGACGCUGCGCGAGCAAUCAUUGUGCUUGAUAUUUUCAAGGUCCAGACUAGCUGCGGCUAUGCUGUUCCACGGAUUCGCCGUGCACUUGGCAACCUCGAGGAUGAGCACGAUUCACCUGCGGAAGAUGGGACUGUGGAUGAAUCAUCACUCAAUGACCGUCUCAGAAAGGAAAAGGCAGAUAUCGGCGUGGCUGGCUUCGAGGAGCGGCCUACACUCAAGUUCUUCAACAGCAAGCGCGAGCGCGAGGGCACCGCUCACGACUAUCAGAACGAGAUGAACACAUCCAGUCUCGAUGGGCUCCCUGGUCUUCGCGCUGCCAGGCGGGACACCGGUGAGAAUCUGCCCAUCGCAGAUGCCCUGAAUAUUAUUCGAGGCGUGUUUGUCGGGCAAAAGGCUGGAAUUGUAUUUGGUUUUUUGUUGGCUGUUCUGUUGCAAUUUCUCGUUACUGUAUUCAUGUACAGCCGUGCUGAAACCGGCGGUGGUUCUUUCAUGUUUCUUCAUAUACCUAGGUAGAUUUCUCUGACUGGCUCGGGCUGGGAUCAAUGUACUCAUUACGUGUUUUUGUCGCUUCGGCUCUAUCAGAGUUGUAGAUGGAUGGAGGUGGUUGGAUUGGUUUUAUCUGGCGAAUACCCACAUCAAUAGACUUGUCAACAGCGCGAAAUUCUGGACACAAUUUCGACUUCAUUCAAGCACUUGAAAUAUCUGAUGUGAUGCUCUCGC